CCUACUGUUAGUAAUGUUACCCAAGAAUUCAUCUUGAACCUGUCCACUUCGCUCAGAAUUCAGGAAAUGUUCUUGAAACUGCCUACAGAAGUCUUAGAGGCCAUCAUCCUGGAAUGUGCCGUCAUCAACCCCUCUCUACUUGCCUGUUUGGCGCAAACCUGCCGAGCUUUGCGAGCCCUUAUCAGCCACCCCACUGACCAACACAUUUGGCGAACGAUUUUUCUAUCAAUCUUCGACGACCCAAGAUGUAUAUUAUCUCUAGACCGUGGUAUCAGCCAGGAAUUGGUGUCGUUUGAUUGGCAGCGCGAAACCCAGAGGAGAUGUCGAGCAGAGUUACGGAUGGACCGAGCGGCAGUAACAGAGAUGGAAGAUUUCGACGAAGUAGUCGAUGAAGACGUAGCAGACACUCUGUUUGACGUCGCAAUGUCGACGUUGCCGGCCACCAGCGACGCCACCUCGCUGAAUGCCGAAUGGCUGGCAGAGC